UAGCAUACAUCAUGGCAACAAAUGUGUUAAGAAGUAUUUUGGUGUUCUCUGUGUACAUGGUAUGCUACACAUCCACCCAUAGAACUGAAAUUGACAGUUCGCGAUUUGAAGAAGGAAAAAAGCAACUAGAACUUAUUCAAAGAAAAUCAGAGAUGCCCAAGUAUGGUCUAUGCUGGCUCAAUGCUAUGACUUUAAUCAAAACUGAGUGCAAGCGUUUAAGUGAUGUGACACAAACACGGCUAGCUCUUGCUUACCUAAACUGCUUUUUACAGGUCAGUUGUGUGGUUUUUUUUGUGAGCUUGUUAAUGUGAAUUGAAGUUUUUGUUGCAAAAUAUGUCAUCACUUAUUUUAUUGUAUGACUAGAAGAUUUUAAACAUUAAAAAUAUUUUUUAAACUAAUAUGAAACCCUCAUCCUAUUAUCAUAAGCAUAAACAUCCAGGAAGAUUAAAAAUGUCAUUUUGAUUUUUUUUCAAAAUGAAAUAGUAAUACAGUCAUAUGAAUCACUGGUCGAUUCUUCAAGGCUUAAUACAUAUACAGUUAAUGUUCUUUAAGUAACAUUUAAUAUCAAGCUAAAGUAAUGUCUUUUGGACAAAGACUUUAAAAAUUGCCUGGCAAAACAUUUUAUAAUUUUAUAUUUCCAGAUCCAGGGACGAACAAGCUAUGAAUGUGAUGAUGUUACAGAAAUAACAGCAUGUGUUCAGCACAUGAAUGAAGCCGACCGCAGCUCGUUUACAACAUUCUUUACACACACUCAGAACAUUUGUUACUUUCUCCAGGCUCAGGUGUGGCAGGAGGAGACAGAGAUGACGAUUAACCGUCUCACUGUCACAAGUACUCAGGUAAACAAGUCUAAUUUCAAUUUUUACCAUAUAUGACAUUACUGUGAAGUUGAUAAAGACAGUUUAUGUCAACUUUAUUGCUUCAUAAUUUAUUUCAAAACUAUUGAUUGCCACCACUUUAAAGAACCAAACGCUUGCACUCAGUUUUGAUUAAAGUCAUAGCAUUGAGCCAGCAUAGACCAUACUUGGGCAUCUCUGAUUUGCUUUGAAUAAGUUCUAGUUGCUUUUUUUUCACGACGGCGCCGGGGGCGUCAGAUCUCGCAGCAGGGUUACCGGCCAUCUGACCAGGGAUCACGAUCGACUGAUCAAAGCGCGCGUCACGGCCAUCUGACCAGGGAUCACGAUCGACUGAUCAAAGCGCGCGUCAGAUCUCGCAGCAGGGUACCGGCCAUCUGACCAGGGUAUUUACCUGGGACGACUGGUUGCCGACUGAUCAAAGGGGCGGGCGCGAGUACAGACCUGGGGAGGGAACUCUAUGAACCAGGGACUUAUAAAUAGGGACCUCUGGACGGGACGGACAGAACGCGGCCGGACAGAGAAGCAGACAGUCAGGGAGAGCACUGACGGUAUGAGAAGAGGGCAGUCAGAGUUGCGAGAUGAGAGAAAGUAUAAGCGAAGUGUCAGCCUAAUAAAGAACAAGAUUAUAAUCAUCAAAUGUUAUCGCCUGAGUUGUUUCCUUAGUGAAUGACAGAUAUAGAUGAAGGUUAGCAGAGAGCAACUAAAGGUUUCCCUACCGCUGCCUUCUUCAAAUCGCGCCAGUAACCAUUAACUAUGCCAUUGUUUGCAUGUUCAAAACUAUGAUAUUUAUAUGUUCAAAAAAAGUACUAUAAUGUUAAAUAGAGUAGCUUGUAUCAUUUGUAAAAGCUUUAUUAUGACUAUGUUUAGUAUGUCAGUAGUGAUAAGUGUAAACGUCAACUUAAUACAAUUUUUAAGCUAUCUAUAGAAAAACUGUAAAGCAGCAACAAAAAUAACUAAGUUCAGCUUAGCUUUAUUUUUGUAAAACAAAUAUUGGUGAGAUUUUUUUUUGUAUAUAGUCUUAUAACUUGAAAAAACUGUUUCUAUCAACUCUAUAUUUAUAUUACAUUAAUUCCAUUAAAUUUUUAUAUUUGACUUAUUUGUUUCUUGUGGUAUUAAUACUUUUGAGUUAUUCCAUUGGUUUUCUUCUGUGUAGGUAACUGAGCAACUUGAAAUGUCCCAACAACUACAGAAAGAUAUGCUGUCUUCCCAAAACCAAAGUAUUAAAAAUCAAGAGACCCUGAUUGUUCAAGCUUACAGCCUCAGUGACAUCAUCAAUUCAUCAUCACAAAAUGUUCGCAUUCUAUUUGAAGACCUGAAGGUAAGUUCAUAAUAAAACAAUAAUACUCUUGGAAACGUAUUUAGUUUCCCUGUUCAUUUCAAUUUCAAGUUUCUAAUAUAUUAUUUUGAUCCAAUUUCAAUUUGACAUUUUAUCUCUUUAGAACUUUUCAGGAUUCUGAUAGCCUAACAGAAUCAGUAUUUUGAAGUUAUUAAACAUGAAAAACGCUUUAGAGAAUUUACCCUAGGAAAUAAUUUAGCUUUUAAUUGAUUUUUUGUACUGUGGUACUAUAGAAACAUAAGAUCUCAAAUUAUAUAUAUCUUGCAACUCUUUUUUAUUAUGUUACAUUUCUACCUAGUGCAAAGAAUAUAACCAAAAAAAGCAAAGCAAUUAUUUUAUUCAUAUUUGGCAUGGUACAUUAUCAAUUUGAAUUAUCUUGUGUGAAAUUAUUAUUUUCUUAAGACUUGUUUUUUUUUUAAUUCUGUGCUCGAAUGCAGCUUUAUUUCACACUUAAAAUCUAACUAAAAAGUUGAAAGAAUAUAAUUUUUUAUGGAUGGAUACACGUUAGGUUUUAUAAUUAUAUCAAUAUACUUCAUAUGAACUUAGAAGCUAUCAUAAAUAUGUUUUCCUAAGAGCUUAGCAAAUUUAUGACAUAAAAUGUAUUGUGAUUUUUAAAUAUUUCCCUAAUAUUUGAUAUAGUGUUUUUUUUGUUUUCGCGAUGUUCUGAACAAAUUUUGUCAUUAUAGCAAUCUACCCAAGAACAGAGAGAGAUUAUUGGAGACUUAUUUAAUCAACUGGCCAAACUGCAGACCACUAUCCUAGGAGAGGUUUCUGGCUUUUAUUCACUUUUCUUUUAUCUGAUGUCAGUACUUGUAUGCUACCUAUUGACAUCAACGGCACGCACCUCAGGUACAUUUAGUGACACCAUAGAAGGGCAACUAGUUUUUUAAAGUUACUUUGUAAUGUUGUUCUAUUUACUUCAAUCUCAAUUUGCUUCACAAGAGGAUUGAUCAGUUAAAAUAAGUAUUGCAGCCUGGUUGCAUUCUUGGUCUAAUAAAGAUGAAGCUUUGAUAAAUGUUGUUACUUUUGUAAUGCCUUUUUGUUGUUUUGUCUUACUGUUUGCACUGAUCUAGUCUGUGGGGAAACUUUAUUUUAUAUCAGUCCUAAUCUGCUUAUCAUAACACCUUUAGUUAGUGAGUCUCGCUGUAUCCCAGACUUGCAUUUCAGUGACAAAACUAUUUAUUAAAAUCAAUCACGUUUAUAUUAUUAUAUAUUUCAUUUGAUGCCAGUUGUUUAUUUAUAGUAUUGGUAUAGCUAAGGACAGCAGAUUUAUUGUACCAUGCCAGGUUGGCCUGGCCACCGUCAGCUCAGUUCCUUGGUCAGAUUUUUUUUCAGGAUUCUUCACCUCCCCAUUCAAUGUCACCCAAAUAAAACUAUUUAUCAAGAUGAAUCUUUAUGUUCAAGGCUAUUGGCAAAUCUUAUGCCAUGUCCUUACAUAUGUGAAUAGCUCUAACUGUCAUGAAAUCUAAGAUAUCUAUGUUUAGCUAACACUUUUAACGAACUAACUUCUUCCCUCAGGGGCAAGAAUCUGGCUGUUUCUUAUCAUGACAGUCAAUGUAAUCCUGGAACAGACUUUAAUUAAAUGGAUCGCUGGCUUCUAUUCCUCUGGUGAUGUUAACAGUGUAGGUAUAUUUUGGUGAACCAAUUUCAUCAUAUCACGCUUGUAUGUUGACAUUUUGCCCUCUAGUGAACAUAUGACAUCAUAUUCUUGUACUUAAUUUGACCCAAAGUUGCAUGGACCAUCCAAAAAUUUGACCCAAAUGUGCAUGUAACAUCCACAAAUUUGACCCAAUCUUGCAUGACCCAUCCACAACUUUGACCCAAAGGUGCAUGGCCUAUCCACAAAUUGGACCCAAAGGUCCAUGAACCAUCCACAAAUUUGACCCAAAGGUGCAAUGACCAUCCACAAAUUCUUAGCAUUGAUCCUAGUUCUGAGCUGCUCUUUCCAGCUUUUUCCACUUCUUGCAACAGGGCAAUAGAAAGAGAAGAUCACAUGGACAGGGGAGCUCAUCAGAGAGAUUGAGGUGACUGCCCUUGUCCCCUCUCCACGUGUUCUUCCUUUCUUUCUAUUGCCCUGUGGAUCCCACCACAUAGACUGUCUAGCACACUGUGGAUCCCACCACAUAGACUGUCUAGCACACUGUGGAUCCCACCACAUAGACUGUCUAGCACACUGUGGAUCCCACCACAUAGACUGUCUAGCACACUGUGGAUCCCACCACAUAGACUGUCUAGCACACUGUGGAUCCCACCACAUAGACUGUCUAGCACACUGUGGAUCCCACCACAUAGACUGUCUAGCACACUGUGGAUCCCACCACAUAGACUGUCUAGCACACUGUGGAUCCCACCACAUAGACUGUCUAGCACACUGUGGAUCCCACCACAUAGACUGUCUAGCACACUGUGGAUCCCACCACAUAGACUGUCUAGCACACUGUUAACAUUUGACUUUGUUUUCUCACAUUCCUUUGGUGUUUCUCAUUUCCACAUUUAUUGACACAGGAGCAACUCUACUGGCUGCAGAAAAUGAUCCGUCGAGCGGCCAUGUUGCUGGCGCUGCUGACACUCACUGCGUGCACCUACCUGUAUAAAGAUAUCAACGCCUUAAAUAACCAACUGCUGGUAGAGAUCAGAAAACAGAAUUCUGAACUGAAGAGGUUCAUUACCGGUAAAUAAAUAAAUAUUAUUAGCAUUGACAUUGUCAGUUAGAAAGGUUGAUGUCACUAGUCUCUGUCUGCAUAAUUUAAUCACUGAAAGAUUACAAAAAAUGCAUUUUUUUCCUGAUGCCUCAAGGAUUGAUAAAAUAAUAACACUUAGUCACUUCCAUAGGCUUUAACCCAGGGGGUCUCAAACGAAUUUCAUGUGAAUCUCACCGACUAUUAUAAUUCUAAUUUUUAAUGUUUAUAUAAAUACCUAUAGAUUUUGACGUUGAUUAUAAUGGUAAAAACCGUUUUUUCAAUGGUACUACCAUUUUUUAUGUGAUAGUAUUUUAUGUGACAAACAUGGCCAAAGUCUGGUUGGGAGAAAACACGCUUCGAAUAUUGUAUAUACAUGUAUCAAAAGUUUAAAAAGUCAGUGGGUAAUACACAACCAUAACUGUGUAAAUCGUGGCAAUCUGACACAGUAUCAAACAAUCCCUAUUACACAAUGGCCACCAGUGUGUACCAGUGAUGAGACGAGUGACGCCAGUGUGUACCAGUGAUGAGACGAGUGACGCCAGUGUGUACCAGUGAUGAGACGAGUGACGCCAUUGUGUACCAGUGAUGAGACGAGUGAAGUUCCGAGCCUAUCAGCUUGUUCUCGUGAAACAUGAAUUGGGAGUGUUACCCAGUGGAGGGAAAAUAUAUUUUAUUACACAGUGCAAAUAAAUAUUGGCGACACCCGACCGCAGUUAUGUCUUUCUCAAAACCUGCAGUGAAGAGAAAGGUUGGCGAUGAGCGCAGACAAUUUCAGGAGAAGUGGGAGACAAACUAUUGCUUUGUUGAGCACAAGGGCAUUCCGACGUGCCUUAUAUGCACCGAGAAAGUGGCAGUUCACAAGGAGUACAACGUCAGACGUCAUUAUUAAACCAGACAUGCUGAGGAGUAGGCAAAAUACCAGGGAGAUGAGAGAGAGGCCCGGGUUGCUAAACUUAAAACAUGUCUACUGAGGCAGCAUGAUUUUUGUCAAGAAAGCAAAGAAAGAAAGUGAUGCAGCAGUUGAAGCUAGUUACUUGGUGAGUGAGAUGAUUGCUUAAGGCAGGAAAGUCAUUCAAAGAAGGCGAGUUCAUAAAAAAUUGCAUGUCACAAGCUGCAAGUUUUGUCUGUCCAGAAAAAAGGUUCAGUUUAGCAACAUCAGCCUUUCAGCCAACACUGUGGCAGAGGGCAUUUCUGAGCUGUCAGGUGACAUUUAUGAUCACCUGUGUGAGAAAGGUAAACAUUGCCAUGCAUACUCAGUCGCUCUUGGUGCGAGCUUAGAUGUUACUGACACUGCACAGCUCGCAAUAUAUGACAGUGAUGUUGAUAAUUUUGAAUGGGAUGGAGGAGUUGCUCAAAGUGAUUCCAAUGCAUGACCAGACCACUGCUCGGGAGAUAUUCGGCCAGCUGUGAGAUGCCAUUGUGGAUGCCGGGUUACCGUGGAUAAAUUUUGCAGGAAUAAAAACCGACAGAGCGCCAUCAAUGACAGGGAAAAUAAAUGGACUCGUGGCACACGUUCAAAGAAAACUGAAAGAGGAGGGUGUGGAAGAGGCCAUUGCUACACUGCAUUAUCCAUCAGCAGGCCCUUUGCAGCAAAUGCCUGAAGUUUGAAAAUGUGAUGUCUGACGUUGUGAAAUGCAUCAUCAUCAACCAUUUCAGAUCCAGGGGCUUGAAGCACCGGCAGUUCCGUGCCUUUUUAUUGGAAAUAGAGUCAGCAUAUGAGGAAGUUAUCUACUUCACCGAGGUAAGUUGGCUUAGUAGGGGAAACGUCUUGAAAAGGUUUUUUGAUUUGAGAGCAGAAAUCAAAGCUUCAUGGAGAAGGAUGGCGUGGUUUUUCCUGUACUAAAUUAUCCCAAAUGGCUCAUGGACUUGGCUUUUCUUGUUGACAUUACACAGGAGCUGAAUGUACUCAACAAGAAGUUACAAGGCCAGGGGCAGCUUAUCAGUGUUGCCUAUGACAAUGUCAGGGCAUUCUGCACAAAACUUGUGUUAUGGAAAGCCCAGCUUUCUGAGAGAAACCUCUGCCAUUUUCCAACAUGCAAAGCACUCAUGGACUCGGCCACACCAUUCAGUAGUAAGAAUACUGAUGCCAUUGAAAAGCUACAGGAAGAAUUUGCUCACAGGUUUGCAGACUUCAAAACACACAAAGCAACUUUUAAAAUUUUGCUGACCCUUUCUCCUUCAAUGUGAAAGAUGCCCCCCCCCCCCUUUUGCGCUUCAAAUGGAGCUGAUUGAACUUCAGUGAACUCAAGGCUUUUUGGGAGUACCUGUCUGUGUGAAAAGCUAUUUUUCACUAUAAACUUUAACAAGUCAAAGUUCAGGGUGAAACUUACUGAUGAGCAUCUUUAAGUUAUACUGAGGGUCUCAGUUGCUUCCUCACUCAAGCCACAUGUUUCUCAGCUGUGUAAGAAGAGGCGCUGCCAGGUCUCUGGCAACAAGUAGAAGAAGAAAGUAGGUGAAGCUUAGUUCUUGAGAACCCUUAAUGUUUGUUAUUAACAAAGUUUGAGCAGAUUGUAACAGUUGUAGUUGAAUUUGUAAUCACUUUUCUGUGUAGAUUACUUGAUUGCAGCCCAGUUUCACUCAGACACUACCUGCGGUCCCCGGCUAAUUUGAGUUUGAGACCCCUGCUUUGACCCUUUUAUCAAUGUUUAUUUUAGGCAUUGGUCUGCAUCUUGAUCAAUGUUUCCAUUGCUAAGUAUGUUAUAAUCCAUAGUAUGAAUAUUUGACGUUUUUUAAAUAAUCAAUUAUAAAAAGUACUUGCUUUGAUUGUGAUUAGUCCAACCUUUUAUAUUUAGAUCACUCUGGGUCUGUGCUGUCAAUAAAAAAAGAAGCUGCUACAAGGCAGGCUGAUCAUAAAGAAGGUAAAUUGCUUUGUUUUUGAAUAGGGUUGAAUGCAUGCAAUGUACUUAAUGCACAAAUAUAAUAAUUUGGAGACUUCUUAAAAACAGAAUAGAAAAUAUUCUGAUACAUAACUCUACGUCCAUUUAACGCUACUCGUCCGCUUAACUUGCUAGAUUUGAUUUGUAAAAGAUUAUAGUGUGUACGUUGCUCCAAUUAUAUUUUUUAAACACAAAUUAACUAAACAAAAUAUUUUAAUAAAGUGAACUGGGAAUAUAAAGAAAUACAUUAUUUUGUAUGGAUUAUCAUUAGUUAUCUUGGGGAUUAAAAUAAAAAUAUAAAAUAAUGGUAACCUUAUGGCUCCACGGCAGACUCUAUUGACAGUGAUUACACAAGUGAUAACAACGAUGAUGAUGAUGAUGGUGAUACUGACUCUGAUAAAACCUACAUCUUGCCGGAAAAUGCUGAAACUGAAAGCUUUGUAACACUAUCUAAUGUAGGUAGAACACAGGCAUUUUAACACUAUCAAAUAUAGGUAGAACAGACAUUUUAACACUAUCAAAUGUAGGUAGAGAACAGACAUUUUAACAGUUUAAUAACAUUAAGAAAUUUAAACAUCAAGGAACAAGUGAUUUUUAAUUUUUUUAAAUGUCAUAUUUUUUUAACAUGUUGCCAACAGAACAGAUGACAGAAAAUGCAGAUUUUCCCUGAUUGGGGCUUGGUUAGGAAGAGAACAUUUUCUUGAUCAGUCUCUUUUAAAUUCUUAAUCUCUAAACUGAUUUUAUUCUGAUGAGAUCAGCUGAGAUUGCAUUUUUUAAAAUUUAAUACCAGUUUGGAAAUAUGAUGUGAAAAAAACUUGAAAAAUUCCUUGUUGUAGAAAGUUUUAAAACUAGCUGUAAAUUGUAUGAAUUUACACAAUACAUCUAAGAUGUUUCAUAGAUGAACUUUUAAAACUCGCUAUAAAAUGUAUGAAUUUACACCAUGAUACAGCUAAGAAAUAUCAUACAUGAACUUUUAAAACUAGCUGUAAAUUUUAUUAAUUUACACGAUACAUCUAAGAUAUUUCAUACAUGAACUUUUAAAACUACCUAUAACAUUUAUGAAUUCACACCAUGAUACAGCUAAGAAAUAUCAAACAUGUACUUUUAAAACUAGCUGUAAAUUUUAUGAAUUUACAAGAUACAGCAAAGAUACUUCAUACAUGAACUUUUAAAACUAGCUAUAAAUUUUAUGAAUUUACACAAUGAUACAGCUAAGAUAUUUCAUGCAUACAUGAACUUUUAUCAACUAUGUGGUUGAAAAGAUUGAUGAACAUUUGAAAGUUUAUCGGGAAUAUGGAGAAUACCUUCAUAUUUUUCAGACGGAAUCCAACAAACCAGAUAUUUCUCUGCUGUGUGAACUGUAUGAACUGCGGAAGGCUAUACCUAUGACAGAUCGUUGCACCAGUGUCCAAUCUUGGUUGGAAACCUCGUUCCACGCAAAGGGUGAGUCCAAAUUAUUGAUUACUUCCCUUUGUACUGAAGGCCUAUGAUGUAUUUGUCUGAUAGGGCUGUCAUUACCACAUUUGUUCAAAAAUGGAAUAGAAUCUGUAUAAAAAAUAUGUAAUAGUGUCAAUACCUUAACUAUAGACUGUGCAACAAGCUAGCUAAAAAAAAACAAUUUAUUUAAAGUUUCCGUUGGAACAUUAUUUGAUAUUUCUGUUCAGACAUUAUUUGAUUUUUCUUUUGGGACAUAAUUUGAGAACCCAACAACUCAAGCCUUCAUAUCACUCUAUUCUUCAAUCCAAAAUGUGUUAUAAUUUUUAGCCUGAGUGAGCAUGAUGAAUUCUGUCAGCACAAUAUUUCAAUGCUUGAAUACUAUCUUUACUUCCCAGGUAAUAAUGACAUUAAAACUGCCUCGCCAAGACCACAGAGUCCUUUUGGAUCAAAUCCUGUAAGUUUAAAUUUCAUCUGUUAGUCAGCAGUAAUUAAGUAUCUCAUUAAAACUGCCUGGCCAAGACCACAGAGUCCUUUUGGAUCAAAUCCUGUAAGUUUAAAUUUCAUCUGUUAGUCAGCAGGAAUUAAGUAUCUCAUUAAAACUGCCUGGCCAAGACCACAGAGUCCUUUUGGAUCAAAUCCUGUAAGUUUAAAUUUCAUCUGUUAGUCAGCAGGAAUUAAGUAUCUCAUUAAAACUGCCUCGCCAAGACCACAGAGUCCUUUUGGAUCAAAUCCUGUAAGUUUAAAUUUCAUCUGUUAGUCAGCAGGAAUUAAGUAUCUGAUUAAAACUGCCUCGCCAAGACCACAGAGUCCUUUUGGAUCAAAUCCUGUAAGUUUAAAUUUCAUCUGUUAGUCAGCAGGAAUUAAGUAUCUCAUUAAAACUGCCUCGCCAAGACCACAGAGUCCUUUUGGAUCAAAUCCUGCCAAGACCACAGAGUCCUUUUGGAUCAAAUCCUGUAAGUUUAAAUUUCAUCUGUUAGUCAGCAGGAAUUAAGUAUCUCAUUAAAACUGCCUCGCCAAGACCACAGAGUCCUUUUGGAUCAAAUCCUGUAAGUUUAAAUUUCAUCUGUUAGUCAGCAGGAAUUAAGUAUCUCAUUAAAACUGCCUGGCCAAGACCACAGAGUCCUUUUGGAUCAAAUCCUGUAAGUUUAAAUUUCAUCUGUUAGUCAGCAGGAAUUAAGUAUCUCAUUAAAACUGCCUGGCCAAGACCACAGAGUCCUUUUGGAUCAAAUCCUGUAAGUUUAAAUUUCAUCUGUUAGUCAGCAGGAAUUAAGUAUCUCAUUAAAAAUGCAUGGUCUGAACAAUGUUCCCUUUAAGCUGCCAGCCGCGCAGCAAUCUCACAGACGCCGCGCAGCAGUUUUGAGUACUGCUCAGCUAAUUUCCACUUAAAAGUGUGUUUUUGUGUCUGUAGGUUGAAAAUUUUGCGCACAAAAAAAUUGAUGCUGUAAAAAUGUGCACACAACUUUAUGAUUUUGCACACGAACCAACAAACCUUAGAGGGAACAUUGGGUCUGAAAAUAAGCAAGUGAUAAUUAAGUUACAUUGGUGACUAACUUCAGGCUCUGUAAACUUCCUUUUUCUUUCUACUAAGGCUCUCAGUUAUUGCCAGAGAAAGGGAGAUUCCUUUUUUGUGGUUUAUUAUCUUUUUGAAUGGUAAUAGCUGGUGUUUAUUUUGUCUUUUUGUAAUUAACAAUUUUGCAACUCAUAAAAUUUCAAGUUUGUAAUUUUUAUGUUCUAUAGUAGUCUUAGACCCUGUAAUAAUGAUGGUGUCACCUUUAAAUCAUUCCUUAAUUAAUACUGUAAUGUAGGCUAUGUUUAUCGACAGAGUUCACCCUACAAUCUUCGCCCAAGAAAAGCUAAUGCUAGUCCCAGCUCAAGCUGUGCUGUUAAAGACGAGUCUCCCAGAAGUUUCUCUAAAACUGUCCAUCAGAUGCAGCAGAUAGCAGAGCAGAACAGCAGACUGAUAGGGGCGUACAAGCAAAGUCAGCCACUGUCUCCACAGAGUUUUAGCUGGUCUCAGCCCAUUGUAUCAAGUUCAGUGAGUGGGAGAAGCAGUAGGAGUGGCUCAGUCACAAGUCUCAAAGGUAGAGGCAGUGCAACAAAGAUUGAAGAAAGAUCUAAUAUUGUCACAAGAGGCAAUCACAAUCGGAAAUAGACCUUGUCUUUAUUUAUUUUAUUUUUUCUCCACAUUGUUUUCAACAUUGCAUGAUGACCAAGGCCAUUUUUUAAAGCAAUUUUGUUAUAUCAUUUUGUUAUGGCCUUUUGUUAUAGCAAUUUUUUUUUUAAAACUAAGAUCCAAAAUGAAAUGUGGCAGUGACUGACACAAUUCAGACAACUAUGACAUGUGGCAGUGACUGACAUGAUUCAGACAACUAUAAAAUGUGGGAGUGACUGACAUGAUUCAGACAACUAUGACAAGUGGCAGUGACUGACAUGAUUCAGACAGCUAUGACAUGUGGCAGUGACUGUCAUGAUUCAGACAGCUAUGACAUGAUUCAGACCUAAGAACCAAAAGACAAUGGAUUCAUUAUAACUAGAUGAAAACUGUG